AUGGCCGGCCCCCAGCGGGCUACUUCUGGCCUUCCUACAAGGCGAACGACCACGCGACAGCCGACUCGACGGGCGGGUUCUGCGAUACCAGAAGGACGGACCUCCACGGUGUCACCAGCACUAUCUGCGAAAGCGCCCGCAGCCAGCCGGACGCGCGCAUCGAAGCAACCGACCGAGCCUGCGAGCGUAACUGCGAAGCGAAAAGAGAGGGACAUCGAGCGAGAAAUCAACGAAGACACAAGCAUACAUGUGGUUGUACGAUGUCGGGGGCGCAACGAGCGGGAAGUGAAGGAGAACAGUGGGGUAGCCCUUCAGACCGAGGGAGUUAAGGGGCAAACCGUUGAGUUGUCGAUGGGCCCUAAUGCAGUAUCCAACAAAACCUACACGUUCGAUAAGGUAUUCUCCGCAGCGGCAGACCAAGUCACGGUAUACGAGGAUGUUGUUUUGCCGAUUGUCACUGAGAUGCUGGCUGGGUACAACUGCACGAUAUUCGCAUACGGACAAACCGGUACUGGAAAGACGUACACGAUGUCUGGAGAUAUGACGGACACUCUGGGUAUCUUAUCUGACAACGCCGGUAUCAUCCCUCGCGUUCUAUAUUCAUUAUUCGCCAAGUUGGCGGAGACGGAGAGCACCGUGAAAUGCUCCUUCAUCGAACUUUACAACGAGGAACUCCGAGACUUGCUUUCGGCAGAAGAGAAUCCGAAGCUGAAGAUCUACGAGAACGAGAAAAAGGGCCAUAUGAGCACGCUAGUACAAGGGAUGGAGGAGACGUACAUCGAUUCUGCGUCUUCAGGUAUCAAGCUCCUCCAACAAGGGAGUCACAAGCGUCAGGUUGCUGCGACCAAGUGCAAUGACUUGAGUUCUCGAAGUCAUACAGUAUUCACUAUCACGGUCAACACUAAGCGGACGACAGAAUCCGGAGAGGAAUACGUGUGUCCAGGCAAGCUGAACCUGGUCGAUCUGGCUGGUAGUGAGAACAUUGGGCGAAGUGGUGCUGAAAACAAGCGCGCGACGGAGGCCGGCCUGAUCAACAAGAGCUUGCUUACUCUUGGUCGUGUGAUUAAUGCCCUCGUUGACAAGAGCCAACACAUUCCUUACAGAGAGUCGAAGCUCACGCGCUUACUUCAAGACUCCCUCGGAGGGCGGACCAAAACAUGCAUCAUUGCUACGAUUUCGCCUGCUCGAGGCAAUUUAGAGGAGACGAUCUCCACGCUGGAUUAUGCUUUCCGAGCGAAGAACAUCCGCAACAAGCCGCAGAUCAACUCCACUAUGCCGAAGAAGACGCUUCUUCGCGAAUUCACGGCAGAAAUCGAGAAGCUGAAGGGAGAAUUGAUAGCGACCAGACAUCGUAAUGGAGUGUACAUGUCGGUGGAAUCGUAUGAAGAGAUGACCAUGGAGAAUGAGUCGCGAAAGAUUAUUAGCGAGGAGCAGCGAGCCAAGAUCGAAUCUAUGGAGUCCAGCUUGCGCCAUAAGGUGCAAGAGUUGCUUGCCUUGACGGGUAAGUUCAAUGACUUGAAGAGAGACAAUGACGACACACUGGCCGCUCUAUGUUCGACCAAUGAUGUCCUCCAACAGACCGACAUUGUCUUGCAAAGUACCCGAGCACAGCUGGAAGAAGAAGAGAUGCUGCGAAGUGCCCAUGAGCAGACUGAACACCAGCUUCAGGACGUUGGCCAAGCCCUCAUAUCGACCCUAGACCAAACCGUUCACGAUAUCGGCAGCCUACAGUCAAAGUUAGAUCGAAAAGCAGAGCUGGAUGCUGCCAACACAGCAAUAUGGCAAACAUCGUCUACUGAGGUUUCGGAUGUGACGAAGCAGAUUGAUCAGCGAGUCGAGACCUUCCAAACGCAGCACGCGGAGCUCCUGGAAACAACGGCAGCCAGAGUAAACGACUUCAUUGCCACAGAACUCUCUCACUUUGCGUCCACACGGUCCGAUCUAUCCGGAUACACCCGAUCAUUGGACAUGGCCUACAAAGAUGCCAAGGCCGAAACAUCUGGCGCUCAUGACGACAUGAACAAUGUGCUUGAAGAGAUCAAGGACUUGCGUGAAGAAGUCAAGUCCAAGGUGGGGGAGGGCCUGAAUGGUUUAUCUGCUGCCGCAGCUCGGAUAUCCGAAGAGGUUAUUGGCGAAUUCACGGAGUUCCACAGUCAGUUGCACGCAUCUUAUAGUAAUCUCGGAAAGGAUCUCAGGUCCAUAUUUGAGACGAUGACUACGCACCUUGCAGAACAAAGGAACGAGAUAGACAGGCUAAGGGUUGAACUUCAGAAUGCGAACCGCCAAAACAUAGAAACGACACACAAGGCUUCUGCCAACCUCGCACAAGCUAUCGAAGAUGAGCACGUUGCCGCGGAGGCCGAAAGAAACCUUUUGAUGGCACAGAUCAAGGCGCUGGUCGAAGAAUCUCGCCAGAAGCAAUUUAGCCGUCUGAAGAGUAAGAUUGAUGGCGUCAGGACGGAGAUUUCAUCAUCGGGAGAAAUGUUAGACCAUGCCACCACGCAUCAUGAUCGUCAAGUCGAUGAAUGGGUUUUCAAGUCCGAACAGUUUGCCAAGGACGUUAACGCCUCGAAAGAUGAGGUCAAGACAAGACUGCAAAGUGACUGGGAGGCCUUUGAUCAGCGCAAUUCUUCCAUUCGAAAGGCGACAGAAUCUGUCCACAAGGAGACGGUACGCAUUGUCGACGCUCAGAUGGACGACAUGGGGCGACAAAUGGAAGCCCUGGACGAUUUUGUGGCCAAGGCACGGUCUCAGAAUGGUCAUUACCGCGAUGCGCAUAUUUCUACACUAAAUACUAUCGCCAACGAUGUCCGCAAAUCCUACUCUUCGAUUGAGGAGCGCGUUGACGGCUUGACCGACCGAAUGAACCAGUUCCAACAGGAAGCAACCCACCAACAUGCCACCCUGGAAGGAUCCAUUGCUCCACUCUCAGAAGAUGUUCGGAAGCCCCUUUCGGACCUUUCUUCCACUAUCCAAAAUCGGUCUCUGGAAGAAUAUGUUGCGACUGGCGUCACCCCGAAGAAACGGAAAUACGACUACCCUUCUGUCCUGCCAAGCACGGAGCCACAUGAGACUCUCAGGUCUCGACUAAGGACGACAAAAGAUAUGGAAGUUCUUCCAUUCAACGACGAGGAUAGGCUGUCCGUCCCCGUUAGCUCUCCAGGAAACUCCACCCCGAAAGGCUUCGUCUACAAUGAUGCCGAGGACGAGGUAGGAACUCAUGCACCAUCUGUGACCAACGUCAACCCCUCCAACACUGGGCUUAGGGAAGUCGAUGCAAACGUCGCCGUCAGACCGCUCGUGUAUAGUGUGGACGACAAGAAUGCAGCAGACCAGGACGGUUUCCCUGCUGCCAACUCGGACGGUGCAACAGGAACCGACGGCAUGGAUGAACCCCCAACCAAGAGGCGCCGCUCAAAUUCGGCUGCCGUUGAGACUAAGCUGCCAAACAAAAUGCUUGCCAGGAGGAUGGCUGGUAUGAUGGAAGGGAGGGAAAAUGUCCCACCCCCUGGAGUUUCUAGUGGACGUAGGCUGAGAGGCCGCCCGUCGCCUUGA